UGAAAACGUAAACUCGCAUUAUACGCUUUGAAAGUACUACUUGCUUAGAAGUUGAUUGAAAAGAAAUUCAUCAACCUCGUGGAUGUACAACAAGAUGCAUAAACAUAGAAAUAAUUAGUUGUUGAUGAGGUAGGUGUGGCACGUAUAGGACGAUGGGUGAAGACGCAGAAGUACAGCGAUUGCUGAAGAAUUUAGCAGCUAUAAAAGAGCAGCAAGCUGGAGUCGCAGCACAAAUUCGUGACAUCGCAGCAAAGUUAAGGCUUUGAUUUUGACUUAGCCGAGACGUUCUUUUAUACGUAAAGCGGCAUGAAGAUUGAGAUUUGCCUUCGUCUAAGCUUACAAUAAUAUCAACGCUACUUUAGCUUUUAUCUACAUUCAUUUCUUUUUUCUUUUCCUAGUUAGGUUGGCUCCACCCAUAUUUUACUUCGUUCUAUGUUGCUCUCUCUUCCACCCUCUGUCUCUAACCCUAGCUCGUGACGUUAUUGAUAAGGAGGCGGCAAAAGCGCUUACCGAGAACCGGUUGUUGAACACCGAAAACUUGCUCGCGGGUUUGCCGGAAAGAGAUAACCUGCUUGUUGGGUCCUCUGGUAAAAGAAUUUUGAUGACAUAUUUUUGUCGGGAUAAGACUUACUAUCUACGUUCUACUUGCAAUAUGGCAUAUGUAGCAAAGUUUUCUUGUUCAUAAGUAGGGUGUUGAACCACGGGUACAUCUAUUUUUUUCAUUCAGAAGCACAAUAGUACCACUCUCUCCCACAGGCGACGAAAGUGCCACUACUGCCGGUCACCAGAGUAGUACCUCUCCGGAUGACGAGAAUGGGAAUAAUUUUGAAGAGCAAAAAGGAGAAACAAAAGGUGAAGAAGACAGAUUCGCUCUAGCAAGACGGUUUCUGGAAAACGAUACGAACAAGAAAAAAUUUCCAUUGCUGGCAAGCUUGACUUUAUGGACAAAGGAGGACUCCUCGUCACAGGAUAGAAGAUCAUGGAAAGGAAAGAAGAGUUACAUGUAGUAUCCGUCGUCAAAUAUCCAUUGCGCUUUCCCUUAACAGCAAUUGGUUCGAGAUAGCCCAUCUCUAAUGCCUCUCCCGGAGCUACAACGGGAACUAGAGGCCUUCGAGCCACUAGCGGAAAAAAGCACAGUCUUCAACAAAGCCCGAGAUGUCACGGUUCUUCUAUUUUUCCUCUGAAGGUCAACGUGAUGGACAAGUAGAGCACUAGAUCACUUACCACUCGGGUUUACAACUUGAAUCACAUAUCUUUUUGACUUUCGAUUUGGGUCGGGACGAGCGUUCUUAUGAUAAGAUAACACUAACUGGAAUUGUCUCAUUGUAAUUUCACACGAUAAAGUGCAUUUGAGAGUUGGUGUCUCGUUAGUAGCUAGACUCGAAAUCUAUGUGUUUACUUAAUACCAGGAAGUCGCUUGAUGACUCGGGUGAUGAGGAUGAGCUGGCUGUACAUUCCUUUUUGCGUGGCAUGGUUCAAGAAAGGGUAUUUCUUACAACAACAAUGAGAAGUAGAAGUAUCCGACUAAUAAAAUAGUCUUCUAGGAAACAGGUAAAAAAUACCCGAAUACGCAUGCCUCGACAGAGGAAAGACCAGAUGUCACGCUACUAAGCUAAUCCUAGACACCACUAGUAGUCUUUGUAAAGGUAAAGGAUUAUUCCUAGAUACCACUAGUAGUCUUUGUAAAGGUAAAGGAUUAUUCCUAAACACCACUCGUAGUCUUUGUACAGGUAAAGGAUUACUCCUUGUUUCUACCUCACAUCGAUCCACUUGUGCCGUACCUCUUCUAGGUCGAAAGUCUCGACCGUGCUCAACGUGAAUAUGACCGUGAGGUAGAGACCUUGUUUCGCGUGGAAAUCAUAGGAGGAAGCUAUGACCGUGGUAUAGUUGCGAAACGAGAUAUCGAAGUCGGGGAGAUAAUCUUUUUAAGCGUGGUUGUUGUAAUAUUUUUCGACGAGAAAAAAAUUCUUGACCAGGAUGUUGAAAGAUCAUCGCUGCUGGUGGAAUAAUUCUUUUCAAGUACUUAGAAGACCGCGGAUUUCUUGCAUAAAUAUUUAUACAAGUCCUGCUCUCGUCCCAAACAAACUCAUCUUCUAAUCUCUCGUGAAAACCCCGUCGCCGCUCUGCAGCAUGAAUACAACAAACUUUGCGUUGCAGCCUGCCAUAAAUGCCAGAAGACAGUGGGGAGUUUGCGAACGCGGAUUGGCCAAGUCUUGCUGGCGGAUCGGGCGGGACCACUGGUGUUUGAAAGUGAAUAUCCGGAGUUAUGGUCGAUGUGGAUUCAAUUCGUUGUAGUAAUAAUUGGAAAAGUAGGAACGUACGAAAAGGAACGUACUCGAAAACUGAAAAUAACCGAGUUACUGACUGAAAUAGGGGAGGUAGCUUUGACAGGGCUACUCUUCCUUAUUUUCAGUAGUUACUCGCUUUUAUUCUGAUCAGUUACUUGCAUAUUUCAGUUUUUCGAAAAUACUUGACGUUGAAAAAUUUUCGAGUGGUCUUCUCUAAUCCUCGCCGCCUUCCACCCUAUGAUGGACCUCGACUAUUUCUCAAGGCGUCAACUACGCUACGAAGAAUUAUUCCGAGCUCCUGAAGAUGGGGAAAUCUUUUGCAGUCAGACUUGCUACGCAAACGACGACAUCCACAAGAGACUCUGUUUUUUGCGACGAACGGGGGAACCAUGGGAACGGUUUGAGAAGUAUGUGGUUAAGUUAUGGAAGGCGCACAAUAGCCAAGUUUUUGUGAUGUUUGAUUUAAUGUAUUGAAAGUGGUUGUAUUCGUCAGAUGCAACAUUAAAUAAGCUCAAAGCUAUCCAAGGCAAACCUGUCCAAUGAAUAAAAACAACUGAACAAAAUUAAAUACCCCACAACUAAACAGCACUUUCUUUUCCUCUUCCCCCCUUGUGCAAACUUCUGACGUACCCCUGGAUUGGGUUUACUACUACUACUACUACAACUGCUACUACUACUACGACUACUAUGCUUAAAGUUGUACUCAUCAGAUGCAACAUUAAUGAACUUUCACUCCAUCUACUCUAACCGGCGCCCACGAGCACUGCCUACUCGCUUUGAAAUGCCUGCUCUCCGACAAAGUGGAGGAGUUGCAUCACCUUUUUUCGCCGAUGUGGAGUGAACUCGAACCACUAGAAGAGCAUUGGCGUGAAGUCAGACGCGAAGUAGUUCAGAAAAGCUACCAAUACCUAACCGACAUAUGGGCUUCGGUGAAGGAGAAGGGUGAAGUGCGAAUGGCAGAAGGGCCGCGACCACCUUUGUUUGAAGAUAGAUUGGCAACGGAUUGCAAAAGCAAAGCAAAAAUUGUGGAGGAUGCGGUAAUAAUUUUGCAUUUGCUUGUAGAGGGUUGUCACACGUCGAUCUUUGAUUUUUACUUUGGAAGUACGAGUAGAAUGUAGAUUUUCAUGUUUUCGAAUCAUCUCCAAUUCUUUUCUUCAUCGUUCUUCUUCCAGGAACUAACCUUCGUUUGUGGCGACCAUGUCGAGUGCUUUACGAGGAAUAACUUGCCAGCCGAUCAUUUACUGCCUACUAGUAUGAACAAGACACAGGACCACAGUCCAUCAACAUCUUCCAGCGCAGCCAAUAAAGCAGUAAAUGAAGUUGACCAAAUUGGUGGUGCUGACCUCUAUAAAAACGUCGACUUCUGUGAUGAAGAUGUAAAGUUAGAACGAUUGCGCAGGGCUAGUGUCACAGGUAGUGAUAAUGAAGACAACAGAGAAGAGGAGGAAGAGGAAGAUUUGAAUAAUCGACCAGCCCUGCCAUCGGAUGCUUUUGCUAGUCUCUCUGCAGUGCCGAAAGCGGCAACGAGCUCGGCAAGGGCCGCAGAUAUUGAGAAACAGAUGAAAUCUAGCGCAACAUCCGCACCUGAAAGUAAACCUGCUUUCAAGGAAACCAUUCUAGGAGUGCACUUCUUACCACCGACUUCCACUUCCUCUACCGGUGAACAGGCCACGUCCUCUUCAUCUUCUUCUUCAUCGCCGAAUAGAGACCCUUUUGCAGCUAACCCGAACCAAGGUCCCCCUUCGACGACGACAGGCAACCUCAUUCUUGAUGACGAAACCCUGAAAGCACGGUCUAGUAGUACUGCUUCUCCGACGACCUCAGGGAAGGAUCGUUCAAAUACCCCAGUAGCCACAUCCUCUUCAACAGUAAUAGGUGAAGGAAAUGAGCGCAAUAGCUCCUACCUGUACCCUGAUCGUGUACUGCCACAGCUCUGCACCAUGGAAGAGUGGGACAGACUAUUGGGGUUGGCGGAUCUGACGUCGAAAGAUUUGACGGGCAGUAACCCUGUUAAUAAGCAGAUAAUUUUAAGGCCGCUAGCUUUUUAGACUAAAAGCAAACUCAUCGCCACUGCCGUAUAAACGCCUGCUUUCAAAAAAUAGUAGUGCCAUAUUUUGAGGUGGGGAGACUCGCGCAUUUAGAACUUUUUAUUAUAACGAAGUUCUUCGCACCUCAGCCGUGCGACGCGCUUCGCACCUCAGCCGUGCGACGCGCUUGAGGUCUAAAAAUGAAGUCCCACUUUGAGAAUGGGGGUCUCGCAAAUUCUUACAAAAUUAAUUUCUUUUGGACUCAAGUCUUCGUCAGAAUAGACUUUAAAAAUAGUAGUGACAUACUGAGGUGUUGAAAAAUAGUAGUGACAUACUGAGGUGGGAAGACUCGCAAAAAUAGUAGGGGCAUACUGAGGUGUUGAAAAAAUCGUAGUGACAUACUGAGGUGGGAAGACUCGCAAAUUUAGGAUUUUUUAUUAUAGCGAAGUUCUUCGCACCUCAGCCGUGCGACGCGCUUGAGGUCUAGAAAUAAAGUCCCACUUUGAGGAAGGGGGUUUCUCAAAUUCUUAAAAAAUUAAUUUCUUUUGGACUCAAGUCUUCGUCAGAAUAAGACUUGGCGCAGUCGUUGUCAGAAUAAGAAGGAAUAAGACUUGGCGCAGUCGGCGCAGUCUUUGUCAGAAUAGGAGGGAAUAAGACUUGGCGCAGUCGGCGCAGUCUUUGUCAGAAUAAGAAGGAAUAAGACUUGGCGCAGUCUUUGUCAGAAUAAGACUCUUCAUCUUUGAGAUUACGCUAAGCUUCUUGAUAUUCUAAGGUCUACAUGCUUAUUUCUUUUGGACUCGAGGAUUAGUUUCUCCAAAAGGUCUCCAAAAGUUGUCAUUCUAAUCCGCCAUGCCAGAGUGGAUCCGAAGUCCAGGAAAUUCAUCAAUGAAACGUGCAAACUUCUGUGGGGCAAGGUUGCUUUGUCUUGGCGACAGACCGAACGUGAGAUCACAGAUGCAGAACUCGCGACUUGUCCUGACGAACCUAGUGAAGUUAAGAAUUUCAGUAUCAAGGGCUUGCUGUUUUUGAUUGCCAUGAAAGACGCAGUACUGCAGCAGUUUUCCUUUGCAAGAACAUGGGACUGUUGUACUAAUACUACUACAUCAAACUGCUGUCAACAUCUUGUCCUUGGUCCUUGGUCCUCUACAUGUUGCUGUCCCCUUUCUAAUCUCAACUCGUCAGAGAGUGUCGACCUCAUCGCGAAGAGCUGGAAGCAGAGUGGCAGGAUAUUCCCGAGUUUUGAGGGUCUAGGUGUCUGCAGAGUGGUGGCAUUCACGAAUCAUAGCUGUUACCCGAACAUGGAGGUGUCGAGGAUCGGGGAAACCAGCAGAAUCCAAGGCAAAGCCGUUAGACGGAUUCGGAAGGGGGAGAACAUAUUUAUGGUGAAGACGAGACGAUUGGACUUCGAAGUAAUAAUGCUUUAUUAAGAUGCAGGAAGAGCAUUGAUUGAUGAGCAUUAUUUGCGAAUCACGUAGGUUUUUAUCGUUUUCUCUAAUCCUUACAUGUCCUACAUCGAUGAGGACACGACGCUUGCGUACCGACAAGAAGAGCUGUGGACUGGCUACGGAUUCCAUUGUAAAUGCGUCAAAUGCAAAGCUGAAGCGGCUGCUAUCUUUGUAAGUAUCUUAGACGGCAUCAGAAAAGAAAUGGAAGCGGCAGGUGAACUACCGUCUGCGGGAAGUGAUAGCGAGAUGGUUCGUGAUAUGAUGGCGCUGCUUGAAGAACGAUGUCCGCGUGAAAUUCGUGCGUUGAAAGUUAUGUUCUUCUCGUAACUUACGCUUACCUCUUCGUAAAGCUGUAUAAGCUCUCUGUUACCAAGUUAAGUGUAGUAACACGACAAGCGUAUGUUACCAAGUUCUUUACACAGAAGUUAAGUGUAGUAAUACUGUCACAAGCGCUUUCUCUUUUAACUUAACAUACGCUCGUAACUUACUUCCUCGUGAACUUAUAGCGAAAGAACGCUCGUAAUACGCUCGUAACUUACUUCCUCGUGAACUUAACAAAAGAACGCUCGUAAACGAACCUCUUUCUUCUCGUCAAGAACGCUCGUAUAUGUUCUUCUCGACAUGGAGUCCUCCAACCCCGGGGCGGGUCUAACACCAAAUACUACGAAGAAUACGCGAUGAAGAACGAUUUGACGUUCGAACAGGUGUGUAUGGAUUUAGUAGCAGCGGCUCCAGUCGGUACUGUUUGGACCUGGAACUACAUGAAAAAACUGAACAGAGGGCAAGCUUCUAAAAAGGCUUCUGUCAAGGCUCCAGAUGCAGCAAAGCCCGAUGGUGCUUUAUCUUGUAGUAGUUCUCCAUCAUCUUCGGAGGACAAACGACCGCCGAUGAAGAAGAUGAACACUGCAGGGGAUCUGGUUUAACUGGAGACACUGGAAUGCAGCGCGGUACGUCGCGACUCGCAUAAUCACGAGCUAAGUAGUCGAUAUCAGAAUUCGUAGUAGGUUAAAAGGAAUAUCGCAAAUUCAUCAGACUCUGUUGGUGUCAAUGCUCUCACUCUGAAGGGUUUUGACUUUUCGUUUCUUGUACAACAUAGUGGCAGGCUAGUGCUUUGUGUGUGAGUGUGUCUACUCAAGUAAUGGUUCGAACGAAUACUUCGCCGUAUCUUCUAAAGCUGCACGCCUGUUGACGUAGUGAGUAAUUAAGCAGUACAUUUAUCUUUAUCAUAAAAAGUAUGAGGAGAACAAAUUCAUGAAAUAAAAGAUAGUUGGUACAUUAGAAAGGUAUCGCUGCAACAAAGGAUGGAGCUCUUGUGAUGUUUCAAAGUAAAUUCACAACGGAAAUUACUGUGUGAAAAUGAGGUUUUGGGGAACAGCAAGCGAGUGCGAGAUGCCUCCUUUAUCAACAUAGGGCCCCCUUGCCUUAGAUUUGAUUCAAUGUGUUUCUUUUGAGCGAAAUCAAU